GACGACGUUCAUAGUCGGAACACUGUUCACACGGCAAUACAGUACACCAAGCUGGGGUGUCUUUCAUCGUGGGACAUAUAUAUAUUUCCAUGUCGAGUACACCGAUUUGUGCCCGUCAUAUAUAGGCAAUAUUCAGACUUGUUCUACAUUACUGGUGAGAUAGCGAGACUUCGUCUUAAUGUCAGAUUGUAACUGCUGCUUCUGCUACUGGACAUGGAUCCUGACAGCGCGGAAGAAGCCAUGGCCGAAUUUAGGGAACGACAUUUGGGGGGCUGGGGUAUCCUGCAGCUGACAGCUGGCACUGGCCUGGCUGUUUAUGCCAUGUGGGUGGGCUUGAUUAUGCCAGGCUUCCGGAGGGUCCCCCUAAAGUUACAGGUGCCCUAUCUCCCAGCCAGCAGAACGCAAGUGAGAAAUGUAAUGGCUCUGCUGCGAGGCCGGUCAGGAAGCCUUGCCGAUUUGGGCUCAGGAGAUGGUAGGAUUGUUCUGGAGGCAUAUCGACAGGGUUUUCGUCCAGCUGUAGGAUAUGAGCUCAAUCCCUGGUUGGUCCGCCUGUCCUAUUUUCAUGCCUGGAGAGCAGGGCAUUAUGGGAAGGUGUCAUAUUUACGGAAAGACCUUUGGAAGGUCAGCCUGGCCAAUUGUAAGAACAUCACUGUGUUCUUGGCUCCAAGUGUGCUGCCGCUGCUCCAGCAGAAGCUCCUGGCAGAGCUGCCGGACGAUGCCCUAGUGGUGGCUGGCCGCUUCCCCUUUCCUGAUUGGAGGGCUUGCAGGGUGGAGGGCGAGGGUGUGGAUCGGGCCUGGGCCUACAACAUGCAGGCCCAGAGAGAGCAGCAGAGUCCCAAAGAGCCAGCUAGCCCACAGCACGCGUCUUAAUGCCAGAUCAGCUCUGAAGCUUUGUGGGUCUGGAUCUGUCCUCGCAGCUCUCGCGUUACACUCUGCUCACCAAGACGACGUCAGGUGUCUUGGGCCUGGUUUGCUGUAUUUCACUGUAUUUGUUAAAUUAAUGAUUUUGACUUUUUAUAAUACUGUACUUUUCAUGGAAUUCUUCCACCAGUCAUACUGUUGUUUUUAAAUUAUUUUAGACUUUACUAUUACAGUAAUUUUUGGACGUUAUUUUUAGACUGAUUAUUACAGUUUGUAUCUUAGACUGGCUAUUACAUGUUAACUUGCCUUUUUGUUCAUUUUCUUGGGCUGGUUUUAAUAUCCACAAAUGUUUUGCAGCUUAUGGAGGCUGUUUUGUGACAAUAUUAAAUAAAUAAAUAUGUAAUUUAAAUGAUUAUUUAAUUUCAUUUCAUAAGGUUCGAGUCCCCGCCUGGGUCACAUGUGUGCGGAGUCACAUGUCACAUGUUCUCCCCAUGUCGUUGUGGGGUUUCCUCUGGGUACUCCGGUUUCCCCCUACAGUCCAAAAACAAGCUGAGGCUAAUUGGAGUCACUAAAUUGCCCGUAGGUGUGAAUGUGUGCGUGAAUGGUGUGUGAGUGUGCCCUGCGAUGGGCUGGCCCCCCAUCCUGGGUUGUUCCCUGCCUCGUACUCAUUGCUUCCGGGAUAGGCUCCGGACCCCCCGCGACCCAGUAGGAUAAGCGGUUUGGAAAAUGGAUGGAUGGAUGGAGGUUACAAAACACCCUCCAUAGCAGCUUACCUUUAUACUGCAGAAAAAAAGUAAUUAAAACACGAAAUAACCUAGCAACUUACCAUUUCGCUUUGAUUGUUUAACUAGCAUUUUUUAAAUAAAAUUAUGAAUAAUUGGA